UGUGAUUGAGUAUUCAUCCACAUUUUGUGUAUUAGAAAUUGUAUUGAAGAAUAUUUUGCAAAUUUGUGAUAAAUUAUUUCUGGGUGCAAUGGCGGACAUGAAAUCAGUUUUCCACGAGUGGUGUUCGAAGAAUAAAGUAGAUCCGAAAUUCGAAGUUCGCCCGACAGGUCCGAAACAUCGACAACGGUUUUUGUGUGAAGUGCGAGUGCCAAAUUAUCCCUAUGUGGCCGCUGGUAAUUCCACUAAUAAAAAAGAUGCCGAGCGUAACGCAGCUCGUGAUUUCAUGAGUUUUUUGAUACGUACCGGUAAAGUAAAUCCGGCUGAUCUACCCGCCGAUCCGGGCUUAGCGGCUAUUGCACCUCCAUCUACUGAUGGGGGUGAUGACGGCGGUGAUAGAUAUGGAUCAAAACGCAAAUUUUUCGAUGGUGGCAUGGGACCGCAGGAUUUAGGUCAAGCUUAUCGACCCUUAGAGCGCGAAAUCAAUCCAGUUGAUAGAGCACGAGAACAAUUAGAAAUGAAAGAAGCCGAGUCAGUUGAUGUGAAUGCCGCAAUACAUGGCAAUUGGACAAUUGAAAAUGCCAAAGCGAAGCUACAUCAGUUCAUGCAAAUGAACAAGAUUACGGCGGAUUAUAAGUACACACCGGUAGGGCCUGAUCACGCCAGGAGCUUCAUGGCUGAAAUGCAUAUUUUCGUACGUCAGCUGAAGCGGACAGUUACUGCACGCGAGACAGGUUCCAACAAACAAUCGGCAAGCAAAUCGUGCGCUUUGUCUUUGGUGCGCCAACUGUAUCAUUUGGGCGUAAUUGAAGCGUUUAGUGGCACACUGAAGCAGCGGAAAGACGAUGAGGACAUGAAGCCAUAUCCAGUAAAGAUUUCACCCGAACUAAUUGAAAAGGUUGAUGAUUGCAUCCGAGAUCUUGAUCUUCCAGUUAUCAAUCCGUUUAACAUAAAACCAGAAAACGAGAACGCCGGUGUAAGCUUACUUGUGCCAAGCCAAAGAGAUGUAAAACGUCAAGAAAACGACGAUGGUUCACAAAUGCAAGGUACUGUCAUACCUUGGGCUCCGCCCCAACCCAACUGGAAUGCAUGGAAUGCAUGUAACAUCGACGAGGGCUACCUGGCCACAGCCAGUUUGGAUGAUCUUUGUGACGACCUCGAAGCUACAUCUAAAGAAAAGAGGAUGGAUAACGUGGAACUUCAGAAAUUCGUAGAUUUCCGUGAAUGUCUGCCAAUCGCUGCAAUGCGCAAUGAAAUAAUGUCGAACAUACACGAGCAUCCUGUUGUUAUCAUACGCGGCAACACUGGCUGCGGCAAAACGACACAAAUUGCUCAAUAUAUAUUAGAAGACUACAUUACAUCUGGUCAAGGUGCAUUUUGCAACAUUUAUGUGACCCAGCCGCGUCGUAUUUCAGCGAUUUCGGUAGCAGAACGUGUCGCCGCCGAGCGUUGUGAGAAUCUCGGUGAAUCUGUCGGCUACUCAGUGCGCUUUGAAACGGCAACACCGCGACCUUACGGUGCCAUUCUCUUCUGCACCGUUGGUGUGUUGUUACGCAAGCUUGAAGGCGGUUUGCGUGGCAUUUCGCAUAUUAUUGUAGAUGAAAUACAUGAACGUGAUGUGAAUAGUGACUUUUUACUGGUUAUUCUACGUGAUAUGGUGCAUACAUAUCCCGAACUGCAUGUCAUAUUAAUGUCUGCUACAAUUGAUACAACCUUAUUUUCAGAAUACUUUGGGCGUUGCCCUGUUCUAGAAAUACCUGGACGCGCUUUUCCAGUACAACAAUUCUUUCUGGAAGAUUGCUUAGAAAUGACUAAAUUUAUGCCCACACCCGAGUCGCGAAAGAAAAACAAAGAACGUGACGAUGAGGAGAAGGCAGUGAUUGCUGAGAAUGGCGAAGAUGCCAAUGAUCAAAACUUAAAUAAAAUUUGCGAUCCGAAAUAUUCGCAGAGUACAAAAGAAGCCAUGUCUUUGUUGUCUGAGUCCGAGUGCUCAUUCGAACUAAUUGAAGCGCUGUUGCUACACAUUAAAUCAAAGAAUAUACCAGGUGCGGUACUUGUAUUUUUGCCCGGCUGGAAUUUGAUCUUCGCCCUGAUGAAAUAUUUGCAAAAUUCCCAGUUUGGCGGACCACAGUAUCGCAUAUUACCAUGUCACUCGCAAAUACCUCGGGAGGACCAGCGAAAAGUAUUUGAAACAGUACCAAAUGGUGUUACAAAGAUCAUUUUGUCCACUAACAUCGCCGAAACGUCUAUUACCAUUGAUGACAUUGUUUUCGUAAUUGAUAUCUGUAAGGCACGUAUGAAGAUGUUCACCUCCCACAACAAUCUGACUAGUUACGCGACGGUGUGGGCGGCUAAGUCAAAUUUAGAGCAACGUAAAGGUCGCGCAGGGCGCGUUCGUCCGGGUUUCUGUUUCACUCUUUGUUCUCGAGCUCGUUUUGAGAAAUUGGAUGAAAGCAUGACGCCAGAAAUAUUUCGCACUCCAUUACAUGAAUUGGCUCUUUCCAUUAAAUUGUUGCGCCUGGGUUCCAUACAUCAGUUUCUCUCAAAGGCGUUGGAGCCACCACCACUUGAUGCGGUAAUUGAAGCUGAGGUGCUUCUCCGUGAUAUGCGAUGCUUGGAUGCUAAUGACGAGUUGACACCACUAGGCCGCAUUUUGGCACGGUUGCCUAUUGAACCUCGACUAGGUAAAAUGUUGAUAUUAGGAGCUGUUUUCGGCUGCGCAGAUAUAUUAGCGAGUAUGGCAUCAUAUUCAAGCACUUUCUCCGAGAUAUUUGCAUUGGAUAUUGGGCAGCGACGUUUAGCCAAUCACCAGAAGCAGUUGGGUGGCCGUAAAUGUUCUGAUCAUGUCGCUAUGAUUAUCGCUACGCAAAUGUGGGAAAAUGCAAAGAAUCGUGGAGAGGAAGAAGAGAUAAAGUUUUGCGAGUGGAAGGGCUUGCAGUUGUCAACUAUGAGAGUUAUGUCUGAAGCAAAAGGCCAACUUUUGGAUCUGUUACAACAAACUGGAUUUCCAGAGGAGUCAAUGAUCUCUUACAAAGUGGAUGCGAAUUCCGAUGAUCCCGUACUUGAUAUAGCUACUGCACUGCUUUGUUUGGGAUUAUAUCCAAAUGUUUGCGUACACAAGGAGAAACGUAAGGUUUUAACUACAGAAUCGAAAGCUGCACUUCUGCACAAGACCUCUGUGAAUUGUAGCAAUUUAGCGGUCACAUUUCCCUACCCAUUCUUCGUGUUCGGCGAAAAGAUACGAACACGCGCGGUAUCCUGCAAACAAAUGACAAUGGUAGCCCCCCUACAUUUGCUACUUUUUGGCUGCCGCAAGGUGGAUUAUAUUAAGGACAACAUAGUACGCUUGGAUAAUUGGCUUAACAUAGAAAUGGAUCCUCAGCAUGCUGCCAUGCUGGCAGCUUUGAAGCCUGCUAUAGAAAACUUAGUAACCGUAGCAUGUGAUGACCCAUCCGAAAUUGGGCAACUGGAAGAGCCCCUAUUAAAGCUUGUAAACGUUAUAAAAGAUUUAUGCGUCAUGAAUGCUGGUGACUUUGGUGUAACUAGAGAGGCGGGUGUGUUGCCCUUCCAGACCCGACAUGGCGCCGGCGGCGGUGGUGGACCACCAAACAAACGAGGACGUUUUGAAGGUGGUAGCAGCGGCGGAAGCUGGAAUCGUGGUGGCGGCAACUGGGGCCGUGGAGGAUAUGGACGCGGUGGUGGCACAAGCCAAUGGGGCCGUUAUGGCGGUGGCGGUGGCGGUAGAGGUAGAUUUUAAAUUUAUGUGUAACUAGUAUCUGAUAUUUUAAAUGCCCAUAACAAUAUGACGAUACAUUUAAUUGCUAAUAAAGUCUUAUGAGUACAACACAGA